UGUCAUGAUUGAUGAAAAGAUAAGUUCAUUCAGUUCUGCAUGUUGAUUAUUAUGUCCAGGUUUCAGUCAUCAAAGCGAAUGGAAUAACGUCAUCCUUAAAUUUCGACAAACUACAAUUGACUGCCUGCUGUAUCCAUGAUUGAGCACCCAAUAAAAGACCAAGGGCACUCAAAAACGAAGAAGCUUUUCAUUUUGAUUGCCCUUAUUGGUGCAACUGUAACUAUAGUUAAUUAUCACAACCUAUAUCAGAAGAAAUUGGACGUAAAGAGAUUUCAAUAUUCGGCAAGUCGAAAUAUUCCUCCCUUUCCAGCCAAAUAUCAUAGAGGUUUUCUGGUGUCUAGCUCAAAAUGCAAGAUAAUAGACCUAGACCCGUUCAAUGAUGAAGCAAUGCAAUUUCACUCAGCUAAACGUUACCAAAAUUGUACAAAGAGACAACUUUUGACGUAUGUUACAAAAGAGGACAAUGUUGCCACACUACAUAUUAAUACAUCGCUGCAGUCUGCAUACAGUCUAAAAAAUAUACGAUGCUGCUACUCAAAUAUAAUCAGAGAUUCAGACGGAGAAUAUCCAGAUACCACAAUCAACAUAUCCAUGUGUCAAGAAUUCACAAAUAGUGUACUUAUUUCUCAAGAUCCUGUAAUGGUGAAUUGUAUAGACGAUGAUGGACUGAUCUACGAAAACGUUCACAUUGCCGUCACUAUGACAAAAAGCAUCGAGGACAAAAUUACAAAAUCUAAGAAACGAAGACCUAUAAGCCUACUAAUGAUUGGCAUCGAUAGUGUAUCCCGUUUGAAUUUUAUCAGAACUAUGCCCCAUACUUACAACUACGUUGAAACAAAUCAUUGGAUACCACUUCUGGGUUUCAACAAGAAGGGAGAUAACACUUUUCCCAAUAUGAUGGCUAUAUUGACUGGGCUCGACGUUAGCCUGUUGAUGGAGGACAAGAUAUGUAACCCGUACAUUUUCGGGGAGCUCGAUACUUGCCCUAUGAUAUGGAAAAACUAUAGUAAGCUCGGUUAUAUCACAGCUUAUGCAGAGGAUGAACCUUACAGAGUUGCUUUUAACUAUGCGAAGGGUUUCAAAACUCCCCCUACCGACUAUUAUUUCAAGCCUUACGUUUUAGCCACACAAAAAUUGAGCAAAGGAUAUACGUAUAUUGACGGCCUUUCUUAUUGUACUGGACCUGAAACUGCUGGUGAAAGGAUUAUGAACCUAGCCAAUGAUUUCUCGGCUACUUUCAAAUCAUACCCCUAUUUGGGAUUAUUUGGAUGAACAGCUUUAGUCAUGACAAAAUUAACUCUCCUGGACGGAUGGACCUUAAAGUUAAGGAUUUUCUGGAAACUUUAACGAAAGAGAGAAUCACAGAUGACAGCAUCAUAGUGUUCUUCAGCGAUCAUGGUAUCAGAUAUGGUGAUAUACUUCUGUACAACACAGGAUGGCACGAAGAGAGGUUACCUUUCAUAUAUUUUUCGUUCCCUACUUGGUUCAAAAGGAAGUACCCUAGAUUACUCAAUAAUUUCAAGGCAAACAUGCACAGGCUGACGUCUCCAUAUGAUUUCUACAUGACGCUACAGCACGUUCUGUUACUAGAAGGAAAGAUCUCCGAAUUCAAACCAAGCAUCGCAUGUCCAACAUGCAAAUCAUUUUUCGAUGAGAUUCCUCAUAAUCGAAGCUGUAAGGAUGCUGGGAUUCCAACCCAUUACUGUACCUGUCAAGGGUAUUUAGAGGUACGCCUUUCCCAGGACGUAGCCCAACAUGCCGCACAGCUUCUUAUCGAUGAGGUACACAGUCGCAUCAAGGACAUACCAUCUUGCUUACGUUAUAAGCUACUUAGAGUCAGAAGGACAGCUGUUUCUCAAAAUAGUCUUCUUGAAAAUGAAACUUAUCUCCUAAUGUCGAUAGAAACGAUACCGACAGCUAUCUUUGAAGCAACCUUUAUUGUAUCUGGUGAUAUUUCUCGUAAGGAUAUUUCGCUGGCUGAAAAUAGAUGGAUCAGCAGGUUAGAUCCUACGGGAGGGAACGAUUGGUGUACGAAGAAUUUUAAAAUCUACUGCUUUUGCCCCAAAAAGCAUUAGUCAGCUUCAGCGAACUUUCUGUCUUGCGCUAAAUCUUUUAUCUCCUUGCUUUGAGAUUCAAGAAUAAUUGUGUCUAGUAAACAGCCGAUCUAAGAUCCCAGCUAACACAAGCACGUAGUAGUGACGUCGAAAUAUUGCGAUAACUUGCGCGAUUCUUCCAACUAUCGACAUCGUAAUGACCUCUACUAAAUGCCCAAUUUCGUACGGGUACUGCAAGACGAUGUUAUGGCCUAUUUUUGGGCUUGUUUUUUUUUGGUAAGGUAUUUUUUCAAAAGAUCAAGGUCAUGGCUUCAAAAACUUUCUGCAAGGAAUUCAACGGUGACCUUGAAUUUGACCGUGUCCUUCAUCUCCAAAGUUAAUUUACGGUCAAGUUUAUUUUUGAUGCCGAUAGUCAAAGAACAGAAAAUUUUACUUUCAGACGCAGUCCAGGGUCGGAAUGACUACUAAAGUUUAAAUAAAGGCAAAUGUGUGCUGCUAGGGAAAAAAUCUCACAGAAUUAGUGAUGAAAAUAAGUAUCAAGGUAAGCUCUGUAGUAAAUGUUGACGAGUGGUCUUCGAUUUAACCUUUAACUUCACCUUAGAGGUCAUUUCAAGGUCAUUUUUUUCUUCAAAUAGAAACCCACAGGAACAGUAUCGGUUAAAAGUCAUUUGUAACGAGCACCAUAAUUCCCUCGUCAAAAUUUACCCAAAGAUCUGAUCUUGACAGUUAUUUUCGUCACUAUUCGUGUGACAUUUAUAGAGGUUUUCCUAGCAGCACACAUUUGGACUUUAUGUGACCUCUAAUGCUCACCUUGACCUUCAACUCUAAUAUACAUUUGAGCAUUUCCUGCCCUCUGGAUUUUCGACAUCGCAUAGGCGUUCCUAUUUUUGAGAAAAUAGAGCUGACCUUGAAGGUGAGGUUCAAAGUCAAAUUCAAGAUCACCGCUACGUGUGAAAACUUGCUAAAGAUCUGACCUUACCAGUUGUUUUCCUCACGCUAUCUGCGAGUUUUCUAGAGAUUUUCCUAGCAGCAAUUAUUUGACUUUGUUUUAACCUAUUUGACCUCCAGCGGUCAUCUUAAUAUUCAAUUUUAAUACAUAUUUGAAUAUAAAAUUUCCUGCUCUUCCGAUUGCCGGCAGCAAAAAUAGGGGCUUCCAUGAAAAAAUUUGACUUUGGGUAAGUUUUAACAAGGGAACUACGGUGCUCGUUACAAAUGAUUUUUAGCCGAAACCGUCCCUGCGAUCGAUGAUUUUGAAAUGACGUUGGAAGUGAAGUUCAAGGUCAAAUUCAAGAUCACUCCUCAAAAUUUACUAAAGAACUGACCUUGAAAGUUAUUUGUAAUUUUCAUCACUAAUACUCUAAGAUAGUGGUUGUCCCAGCAGCACACAUUCGACCUCCAUUUGACCUUUAGUGAUCACCAAGACAUUGGUCUUCAAUUCGCACUUAUACGUAAAAAUUUCUGCUCUUUUGGUUGCUGGCAUCAAAAAUAGGGAUAUUAAUUGAAACAUGCAGUUGACUUUGAAAUAACCAUGAAGUUGAAGGUCAAGGUCAAAUCCAAGAUCACCGUUCACUCCCUCGUUAAGAUUUACCAAAGACCUAACCUUUGAGAUUUAUAUAGGAUUUCCUAGCAACACACAUUUGAUCUUCAUUUGACCUUUAGCAGUCAUCCUGACCGUGGACUUUAAUUGUGCUUGAACGUAAAAUUGUCUGUUCUAUCGAUUGCCAGCAUCAAAAAUAGGGGUUUCUACUUGAAAAGAUAAAGUUGAUCUAGAAAUAACCUUGAAGGUGAAGGUCAAGAUCAAAUUCUAGGUCACCUGACACCUGACCUUUUCCAAGAAUACGUUACACAAAAAAAUACAAAGCGGUUCCGGGACUUUUGUGUCGCGCUGUAUACAUAUAUUGUCAUAUGUACAAGGUUCUUGUUAAUUCAGAAUCAAUCUUUCCGAUUCAAAACGGGCAAGGCAAUAAUUAUUGCAUUCCAUCUCUGAUUGUCGUGCACUCAAAGCAUCUCAAAGUUACCGUAUAAUGUUCCAUUUCCAUUUUAUAUUCCUAGUGUUCCGAUUUCAAAGAAUGAAUCAAAAUAUCCUUAUCGGAUACAACAUUCAGAUAGAACAUGAAAACCAAAAGAAUACAUAUCACACAUGUUCGCUAUUCAACGUUGCAUAUUCUUUUCACGCUUAAUGGCAACUAUGUAACAAAUGACAAUUGGCAGUGAACAGCAAUCGCGAGCCGCUGCAAUCGCGACUCUUCCUUGCUCCCGCCAUUUGUACCGCUCGUGUUUUGUUGCUCUAACUCCCACGUACUUAGUAUAAUUUCCAAAACUGUAGAAAAAUGGUCAAUUUUGAAAGCAGUUUCCAGACGAAGGUACUUUAAUUUUCACUGUUACCUGUAGUUACACAGCUCUUAGGUUCGAAAGACAAAUGGCAACAUCAGCGUAAUGUGCCCCCCAAACGUCGUGUAAACUAGUGAAGUGAGGAAUGGGGAACCAAGUAAUAGGUCGUCUUUCGUAGCUAGGCGGGCAGCGCCUAGCUAGUGUUUAUAGCUUAUCUACAUGGGUAUAUAAUUUUUGAAGGUGCUAAAACUGGUUUUUUUAAGGGGGACGCUAAACGGACAUGCACACAUUCUGGCCCCGCCUUAGAGACCCGUCGAGAGGUACCGCCACGUUCGGCAGUCAGAGACCAUCUACCACCUACGGACAAUCACAACAUCCAUAGUCAAUGGAAAAAUUCUCAUGGGACGUAGACCCAUAUAACGUCUACCACUGCGCCACCAUUGCCGCUACUUAUUAUAACUAAUGCACGUCACUUAGGAGGUGACUUACACGUUACUUUUACGUUAUUUAUCUCGUAAUUUCUUGUCACUUGAUGGUCAGUUUGUAACGUGAUUUUCACGUGCUUGUGCUACCUGGGAUUGUAAGCCUCAAAUGCAGAGAGAAGCGUUCUUAAGAAAUAAAUAAAUAAAUAGAGUUUUGACGUUCUUCUGGUUUUAUCAUUCGACACCCUCGCGGAACAGAUGGUCUACGCCACAGGGUGCACUCAAACUCGCUCCGCUACGCGCUGCCAGGGUACAUCCGUUCACUUCUCUACAGCCACGAUUACUACCGUUCAGCUACAGCUUGUCCGAAGGCAUUCGCUAGGCUGCAAUUUUCAAAUCAGUGUAAG